ACCUUCCAUCCACUCCCAGAAUGUCUGGAUAUUUGACUGGGUUGCCCACGGAGCUCCUACUGCUCAUAUCUCGCGAUUUGUCGGAUGGAUCGCUGGGAUCGCUCGCGAUAAGCUGUCGUGGGCUGAAUUUAGUCCUCCAGUCCGAUCUGGACGCCCGCCUUACUCCCACUGUCGCAAAGGAAAUCUUGUUGCCCGCGUGCGCCUCUGGGAAGUUCAAUACAGUGCUCAAGGUUAUCUCCCCGCCAUACAAUGUGUCGGCGACUCUGCCGGUGAUUCUGCCCUCGGGCCGCGUCAACACUCCGCUGCAGGAGGCCGUGACCCAUUGCCAUCGCGAUGUAGCUGAGAUCCUCCUGUCGCAUGGCGCGGAUCCCAAUUAUCGUUGCGAGUACUACCAGAACGAGCCGCUGGCAUUCCUCGCCGCGUACAACCAAGAUUGGGACACGAUGCAUCUGCUGUUAGACCACGGGGUGGACAUCAACGCCGAAUACUUCUUCAACGGCUUACCCGAGACGCUCAUCCACUCCGCCUGCAAUGUCGGGGAUCUUGAGAAAGCCCAGAUAUUCGUGGCAUGCGGAGCUAAUAUCGAGCAGCAGGGGAUCUACGGCGACGCGCUUUGUCAUGCAGUCAAGGGCCGCCACCCGGCGGUCGUCGCGUUCCUGCUCGGCGCAGGCGCGAACCCCAAUGCCCGAGCGAAUCUAGUCACGGGGUGGCUGCCUGCAACGCCGCCGGGACCCACGACCGGGCCGGUCCUCUUGCUGGCGCUCGACCUCGCGAUACCCGGGAACUUGUGGGAUUGUCAGUCGGAGUUUGACUAUCCGUGGAGAGGGGUGUCUUUCACUCCGUGGAGAGGGAUGCCUCUCGAUCCAGCCCAGCGGGAUGUGAUCGCGCUACUCCUUGCCUUUGGCGCAGAGACAGAUUCGACUUGGACGGUGAUCCGGAAUCACCUACAUGUGUUGGCCGAGAGCGCAGGGCAGCGGGAUGAGGAUAUGUAUGUCAAGGAGAUCGAGGAUAUGCUUCAUGAAGCACAGAAAGUUAGCUCCCAUGUCCGUGAGCAAUACGCCCUCUGAUGCACUCGUUCCGUUUUUUCUCCAUCGUCAUCUAAAUGAAGUAGUACUACGAAAUCAAAAUCAAAAGCUGUCGCUUUGCUCGCAAUCAGAGAUCCGAUGAUUGGACUACUGUUGAAAGUAAUGAGAGGUGAAGCUCUCUUGCAAAAUGAGCCCCACUGGACGGAGUACCUACGUAAAAUCUAAACAAUCCUGGUCGC